CCAUGCAAUUGCUUUUGCAGCUCUGCUAUAUAAAGGGAGAAGCCAAGGUCGAGCACCAGCAAACCGCAGCUUCUCUUACCUAAUCUUCUAUAACAUCUCCAUUUCUCCAUAUAUUGCAUCAGAGCUUCAACCCCAAGCAUGGCUUCCCAUCUGACAUCCUCAAGUCUGCCUUCUAGCCCUCGCUCAGACGAAGCCGGAGUUGAGCAGCAGCUUGAGAACUUGAAGACAACAAUCUCUUCACCCUCGGCAACCAUUGACACAAUGUGCCAUGGUUUGAGGAGGCUUAUAAGCAUCUACAAAGGCAUUGAAGAGAUGAUGUGCACACCGAGCAACCAAGUUAGCCUCUGCCAAACCCUGCAAAAGAAGGCAGUAGAGGAAGAGCUUGGACGGUCACUCGUCUUGCUUGACCUCUGCAAUGCCAUGCAGGAAAGCUUCACUGACCUGAAGAUGACUGUACAAGAACUGCUCCUGUCUCUCAAAAGAGGAGACAAUGCAGCUGCUCAAGUCAAGGCAUACAUCCAGUUGGCCAAGAAGACACACAAACAGUUCAAGACAGUCUGCAAAAAGACUACUUCUGAUAAGAAGGAUUGCAGGGUGGUGAAGGUACUGGAAGAAGCAAGAAUCAUCACUACCUUGCUGUUUGAAUCCACAUCGUGCCUCUUGUCAAAGCAAUUUGAGAUGCCCAAGUGGUCUAUUAUCUCCAAAACAUUCCAGAAGGGAAAAUUAGUGUGCGAAGAGGAGCAAUUGCAGGCAUUAGAGUGCAGUAUCAGAGAUCUAGAGAGCAGAGCUGAGCUUCUGUUCAGGAGAUUGAUCCAGUGCAGAGUUUCUCUUCUGAAUACUCUUAGCUCAUAGAUACCCCCAAGCUCCAAUCCCUUGUGAUUGGCAUCCACC